AGCGCAAGCUCAACAUGGCGGCGGCCACGGAGUGCGGUUCUGCUACCUGCUCGUCGGAUCCAAAGGAGGCCGAGGUUCAGGAGACUAAAACAUUUAAAGACCUGGGUGUGACAGAAGUGUUGUGUGAUGCCUGUGACCAGUUGGGAUGGAAGACGCCAACCAAAAUCCAGAUUGAAGCUAUUCCCAUGGCACUGGAAGGUCGUGAUAUCAUUGGUCUGGCAGAAACAGGCUCUGGAAAAACAGGGGCCUUUGCUCUGCCCAUCCUAAAUGCUUUGCUAGAGACACCACAACGGUUUUUUGCUCUGGUUCUCACCCCAACUCGGGAACUGGCCUUUCAGAUCUCAGAGCAGUUUGAAGCCUUGGGGUCUUCCAUUGGAGUUGAAUGUGCUGUAAUUGUGGGUGGAAUUGAUAGCAUGUCUCAGUCUUUGGCCUUGGCUAAAAAACCACAUGUGAUAAUAGCAACACCUGGCCGCCUGAUUGACCACUUGGAAAACACAAAAGGUUUCAACUUGCGAGCCCUCAAAUACUUGGUCAUGGAUGAAGCAGACCGAAUAUUAAAUAUGGACUUUGAGACAGAGGUUGACAAGAUUCUGAAACUAAUUCCCCGAGAUCGUAAAACAUUUCUCUUCUCUGCUACCAUGACCAAGAAGGUGCAAAAACUUCAGCGAGCAGCUCUAAAGAAUCCUGUGAAAUGUGCUGUGUCUUCCAAAUACCAGACUGUUGAGAAGCUACAACAAUAUUACCUCUUUAUUCCCUCCAAAUUUAAGGACAGCUACCUGGUUUAUAUUCUGAAUGAGUUAGCAGGAAAUUCCUUCAUGGUAUUCUGCAGCACUUGCAACAAUACUCAGAGAACAGCCUUGCUGCUUCGAAAUCUUGGAUUCACUGCCAUCCCUCUCCAUGGACAGAUGAGUCAGAAUAAACGCCUGGGAUCUCUUAAUAAAUUCAAGGCAAAAGCAAGAUCCAUUCUGCUUGCCACUGAUGUCGCAAGUCGAGGUCUGGACAUUCCCCAUGUGGAUGUCGUAGUCAACUUUGACAUCCCCACCCAUUCCAAGGAUUACAUCCAUCGAGUGGGUCGGACAGCUCGAGCUGGGCGCUCUGGCAAGUCAAUCACCUUUGUCACACAGUAUGAUGUGGAACUCUACCAGCGUAUAGAACAUCUAAUUGGGAAGAAACUUCCUGCCUUUCCAACUCCGGAAGAAGAGGUCAUGCUGCUGACAGAGCGAGUGGCUGAAGCCCAGAGAUUUGCCCGAAUGGAGAUGAGGGAGCAAGGAGAGAAGAGGAAACGUUUGAGAGAAGAUAAAGAUGGCAAUGAUGACACAGAAAAUGCUAUGGGUGUAAGGAACAAGGUUGCUGGGGGGAAAAUGAAGAAAAGGAAGGGCCAGCGGCCACAUUCGUAAAGACUUGUUGUUGAUACAUUUUUGGUAAAAGAGGACUUAAUCAAGAAAGGAACCCUGCCAACAAUAUUCUUCAGAUUGAAACUUUUGAAGCCCGAACCAAGACUCUGGUUAACUGCACAAGUGCUAAUUCUCUGUUUGCUGAUAUUUUAUUACAGAAUAUUUUUUUUUCAAAA